GGAGUUUCCCUCUUGUAACAAUAUUUUUUUAUUUUCCCCCCUCAUACUAAGCACGAUAGGCUCGGGAGUUGUUGCCUCUGCGGUCGUGGCAGUCGCUCUUCCAAAACCUUCAAACCAAAGAAGAAUAUUCCAGAGGGGUCUCACCAGUACGAGCUGCUAAAACAUGCUGAAGCCACGCUUGGCAGCGGUAAUCUCCGGAUGGCCGUUAUGCUUCCAGAGGGUGAAGACUUAAAUGAAUGGGUUGCAGUUAACACUGUUGACUUCUUCAACCAGAUCAAUAUGCUUUAUGGAACCAUUACGGACUUCUGCACAGAGGAGAGCUGCCCCGUGAUGUCUGCCGGCCCAAAAUAUGAGUACCACUGGGCAGAUGGGACAAACAUAAAGAAACCAAUUAAAUGCUCUGCACCAAAGUACAUUGAUUACCUGAUGACUUGGGUCCAGGAUCAGCUGGAUGAUGAAACGCUAUUUCCUUCUAAAAUAGGUGUACCAUUCCCAAAGAAUUUCAUGUCAGUGGCAAAGACAAUUUUAAAGCGUCUCUUCAGAGUUUAUGCUCACAUUUAUCACCAGCACUUUGAUCCAGUGAUCCAGCUACAGGAAGAGGCACACCUUAACACUUCUUUCAAGCACUUUAUAUUUUUUGUUCAGGAAUUCAACCUCAUUGAUAGAAGAGAACUUGCACCACUUCAAGAACUGAUUGAAAAACUCACCUCUAAGGACAGAUAAAAGGAAGAGGAUUUCUUGAAAUCACUUGUUUCUUUACGCGAGCGUGUGGUAUUUGUUUUUUGUUCGUUUGUUUUUUUUUUUUUUUAAAAGAACAAAACAAAAACCUGUGCUGUUACUGAUGACGGCCAAGGUCUACUUUCUGUGCUUUUAUUAGGGGAAAUCUUUUAUCUGUUAGUGACACGUGGUAAAUAGCUUUUCUUUGGAUUUUUUUUUUUUUCCUUCUUCCCCGAUUGUUGUUAAUUCAUUGUGGAAUUUUAGCAGGUCCUGAGCGUUUGUAAAGGAAACGUGCUUGGUUGGGGGAUUGACUCUGCUGGUGGAUGGGUUCUUGUAUUGUGUCAGUGGUUGCCCGUUCUCAUGAAGUCCCUAAAAGACUUGCUUACAUUCUCUAAGUGCCUUGGCAGACUCACUUCUGAGGUGCAAAGCACAUUCAAUACUGAGCAUUGCUGGAAACAGAAAAUAUGAACUAACACCCAGGACACUUACUGAUACUUCUUUUAGAAAAAUAUAUAUAUAUGCUUACACUAAAAAAAAAAAAGCCAUAACUUACUGAAAUCAAUGAUCUCCAGCUUUUAAUACAAAUACUUGUCUUAUUUUUUUAGAGAUUAAUAUAGAAUUUUUCAAAACUAGGUAUUUCUUAUUAAGAAAAGCAAUGGCGAAGUUCUGGUCACUAACGCGAAACGAUGGAGGUGGUUGUCAAAAUUACAAAGAACCUGCGCUUAGCAAGUAGUUACAUGUCUGUUGCCAUUGGUUUUGGCUUUUCAUAGUUGCUUUUAUUUUUUUAAACAGGGAAGCAUCAACCUUUGUCAGUCACUUUGCUGAAGUUUCCUAGCAUUUGCCAAAUGAAUGGUUAGUUUGCACACACAUAUAGUUAGGGAAAAUACUCCACAUAAAAAAAACGCGCUGGGGUAAUACUAAGAAAAAUCUGGCUUGAAAAGAAACCAGUGAAAUGAUUGUAAGUUAUGAAUGCUGGCUCUGUGGAGGAGCUGUGGUGGCCACUGUUUCCAGUGGUAGGCAGUGCAUCUUGAAGGGUGUAUAAUUUCACGGACCGCUUUGGAUUUACGUUAGUGUGGUGGUGUUCUGCCCCAUUUAAAAUGGCAGCCCAGCUCCGAGGAACUACAGCGGUUGGGAAGAGAGUUAGGGAAUUUGUAGUGUCUUGUAAUUUGGUAAGCGCAUCUUCUGUUUCUGAGAAAACCUAAUCAAAACGUGGCCUUCGCCCACCUGGGUUAAUGUCUUUGCCUCUCUAGCCUUGUGUUUCCUCAAACCGGGAAUGGGAAUCGCCUGCGAGAAGUUAACCUCUGGGGGGAUCCACAGGGGAUCACUUGGAGAUUUCUGCUGCGAUUCUAUCAGUCAGGUUUCCCAUUGCGCAAGCCCCUAUGUCUGUCUGUCUUGUUUUUUUUAAUGGAUCUCGUCAAAGCCAUUGGAUUUUGGCUUCAAAGGAACCUGUAUUAGUUUCUAUCCCAAGAUAUCGCUAGUUGCCAAAUACAGUACAGUAGGGGCAGCCAGCCUUUGCUAGAUUGUGACUCUGCAAAACCACCAUUUUUAGGCCUGAGUAAUGUGAAGACCGUAACUGGCUGGUGCACGCUAGACUGGCUCUCGAACCACUACAAUUUACAGGUGAAGCCAAGGUUAGCAUGCGGCAGAAAACCGAGCUUAUGCUUUGUGCGCCCUUGCUUGACUGAAAACGCUGAGUAAAGUGGAAAACACUGUGCAGCAGCCGGCAACAUCUUUAAGUGGCCGUUAGCAUAACCAGCUAAUAAACAUCUAAGCACAGUGAUAAACAUGGACUCAUUUGGGAGACCAGAAUCACUACUUCCGAGUUAAAAUGAUGUAUUUCAGAAGCAUCUGAAGGUUAUUUUAAGAACUGUGUUCUCUUCAAGGGAGUUGAAUUUCCUAGUCUGCUUAAACUGCUUCCUGGAGAAGCAAUUGAAUGUUUUGUUAACCUCUUCUGUCUCUCUUCUUUAUAUUUUAUUUUAUUUUAUUUUUCCUGAACAGAUGAGAACAAUUGAGGAAGCCUAGUAUUGAGCCAGAAACUGGCAUUGUGUUCCUGUUUCACUGCUGCUUGUUUAGAAAUGGAAAUACUGAGCAUUGCGUGGUGAAGAAGGGUCAUGCAGUGAGGUUCAUACUGAAUUUAGGUUUGCUACACUAAUGUUAGACAGCGAGGCUGACUGCGGAACACCUGCAGUUUCGCAUUUGUAAUUAAGACAGCGCUUAGUUUCAUUUGAAGCUUCGUUCCGGUUCAAGAAAACGUAGAAUGUAUUUGGCUCCUUGGCAGAUCAAUGUUGCUGCCCACGAUAAUCUCCUCAAAGGACAAGUGAAACAUUCAGUUAUCCCUAUGUUUUGGCUUUUUUUUAUGUCCUACAGAAUUACCAAGUUUUCUCGAUGUGUGCAUGUCAAAGGAAAGGACUUUGAUAUUGUGUUUUUCUGGGAUUGGGUUGGAGUUACCACAGUCCAUGCUGAGUCAAGCUGCCGAUGCAGAGAGCGCUUUCCCUCAAAUGUUUUAACAAGCUCCUACUUUAAAAAAAGAUGGAGUCUUAUCCCUUCUCAGCCCUGAGGAUCUUGACUCUUCCACGUGUGUACAUGCACGUGGAAGGAAAAGGGGGGAGAUACUCAAUGACUGUUACCUCUUCAGAGAGUUGGGGCUUGGCAAAAUAGACAUUAGAGGCAAAAGCAACCAGGAGGCCUUGGCAAGUGGCCUGUGACUGCAGUAUUCACCCCAGUGCUUCUGUCAGUCCUUCUUGCUUGUAGGAGAGACCUGGUCUGGCAAAUAUUGGGUUUCGCAUUGCAGUUGUGUUGGCCAGUGGAAGAGUCGGUGCUGUAGCACCUGGAUGCUGCUGUCUGGAGCCGAGGGAUGGGCUGGUAAGAAAGCGGGAGCUCCCGUGGGCAGAACGUCCCGUGUGUUGGACUGGGCGAGUACCAUCCAGUGCUGGCUCUGGGUGCAGCACUGGAGGGCUCGCUCAGGUCAGGACCGAAGACUUAGUGUCAUUUCAGAGUUACGGGAGCAAUCGGCAUCCACCUGACUACGCAAAAGCAGCUUAACUCCCAGAUUUGAGCAGCUCUAUUUUAAGCAGGCUUCAGUCAUGCAGGAAGCUGAAUUGAAGAACGUGCUCUUACACACGCAGCCUUUUCUGCGUGCUUCUAUCUGAGGAGCGUUUAAUGACUGAAAAUUUCCAGCUACAGAGGCGUGAAGAGCGCUGCCGAUGCAGUUUGAUAUUAAAAAUGCUGUAAACUUUCCAACAAAAACCUCUUCGAGUUGAGUCAGUGCCGCUGAAGAGGCUGGGUGUGCGCGUUCACCGUGCUGCUGGUCAAUGCUGACUGGAGAGGAGCCGUUUAACCAGUGCCAGAGCUCAUGUUUCUCACAUCGCAGCAAGACACGAGAGGGAGAAUGGCAGAAGCCCACGCCAAGGUGCUAAAUAGGAGAUAUCCUCCAUUAGAUUUCAAGCUGUCUCUUUGGUUUGGUGUCACGUACCAGCAAGAAACUCGAAAGAAAAAUAUUGAGAAGUGAGGAUUUCCUUGGAGUGAUACCUUGGAGUGCAGUUGUUCUCUUUUUUCUUUUUUUUUUUUUUUUUUCCUUUUUGGGGCAUACUUCUGCUCUGGAAGGGUUUUGUUUGUUUGUUUGCUUUUUAAGUAGACAAUUCUAGAAAUCGAGAGGCGUCUGCUGCAGUUCAGCCAAUCAGAAUUAGAAUGUAUUAUGUCAACAAUAAAUUAGGGUAUUUUUUGUAUUUAGUAGAAAACACUUUUACAGAAUAGUUUCUAGGCAUGUAAUAAAAGCUUGGAGAUCAUGAUUUGCCUGACAGCUGUAUGAACACAUUGUUUAAUUACACAACACUUGAAAAGUAACAACAUGAAAGAUAUGUACGCAGUGUUUGGGAUUUAGUAUCCCUAUGCUGUUGAUAUUUGCAGCUUUUAAUUGUUGGGUUGUUUUGUGUGUUGGGUUUUUUUUUUGGUUUUUUUUUUUUUUUUUUUUUUUUGCUUCAAAAAGAUGUGGGACCAGAAGCUGACAGGUAUUUACACUCUUGAAGUAAGGGCAGAUGGAAAUGCUAAACAAAAGUUGCCACGUUUUACCAAACGGAGUCUGGUUGGAGUGAAUGUGUUUCUAAAAUAGUGCAUUUGCUGGGGGGGAAAGGGGGGGACACCCCCCCCCCCCCUCUUUCGCUCCCCAAAUAAAACCCAGAGCAACGAACCCUGAACAAACCCCGCGUUACAAAGGGACUCUGGUUUGUGUCCCGAGCGCUUUGAGACACAAACUUCCAGCUUUGUCCUCGCUGGGAGCGGAAGGUGCUGGUGGGGUUCAACCAGGCUGGGCUGCCAGUGCUGGCUGAGCCCUCCCAGUUUAAGAAAUCCUGAAAUUCUGUGGUUUGUGGUGCUUUUCGGCUACCAGCGUAUUGGAGCGUGUCAGUCAUUUGGGUGGGAACUUCAGGAGGUCAUCUACCUCGAGACGGGACGGGGCGAACUCCGCCGAGUUCAGCCACCGGUGCGCAGUCGGCACUGUUGAGAUGGUUUUGGGACACAUUAUGUUGGCAGAAAUAACUUUUCGAGUCAGGGAUACAAGUUAAAUCACGCAAAUAGCAAAUAAAAACGCCACAUUCUGCUGUCGCAGGUAGCUGAAGGGAGAAAACAGGUUUCAAGGGGCAGGUGGCCCGUCUGCAAGUGUCGAGUUUCUUUUACUGCUUACUAUGCAAUGUCGAGCUUUGAACUUUGGCUUUGACUUUAAGACGUAGAGGAGCACUGUCCCCGUUCAGUAUUUAGGACCUGAACACCCCCCCCCCCGUCUCCCUGACACUCAUUUACAGGUAAGGAUACCUAUUUGCUGCUAUCGACUUUACCUCCCUUUCAAGUUCCUUUCCGUGUCUCGCCCCCCCGCCCCCCAUCCCUUUCUCUUGACUCACCGGACGCAAUUUUACUGUAAAGACAUCCUUUUGGGAUACUUACUCUUCUCCUCGCUACCCUCUCCCCCCUUCCUACCUGCCAGAGUGCUGUAUUACUGUAUAUAAACCGCCCCCUUUUAGCCGGAUUAUUUAAAAACCCGCAGCCCGAACACGGACUCCUGGCUUUCCCUUCAUUAAACGAUUCCCUGGUUCACUGAGUCUUGUUUCCUUCACUGCUCAUAAUUGGGUUUUUUGUUGGGUUUUUCUUUUUCUUUUUUUUUUUUUUUUCCCCCCCAAACCGCACUCCUAAAACCACUAACAGUUUAUUUAUCUCUUCCUGGAGAUCUCCUCCUCCGAGCUGAGACUAACAUCGAAGUCUUCAACCUCUUCAUUUUCCUGCUUUUCCUACAGUUUCCUCUUGCCAGGUUCAGGAUGGCAGUCUAGGUAAAUACGACGUUUUUUGUUGGAAGAACCGAUUCCCGAAAUCGUUUUCAUAGAGUAUUGUAUUUUUAGGGGAAAUUAAUUUUUAUAGCCACUAAACGAUACUCAUUAUUUUUGUACGUUGGCGAUUUCUGACGCUUUUCAGAGGCGUGUCGCGGAGGGGACGCUUUAUUUUCAUGGCUCUCCUACUACUGGGGUGCGCUGUGGUUGUGUUGCUUAGUGCCCAGAAGCACAUACCUCCCCGUGCGACGGAAGAGAGAGGAGGAUUGCAAUAAAAGUGCAUGAGGUUUGACUAAAAGGCCAUUUUGGAAGGCAAAAAAAAAAAAAAAAAAAAUUACAAAAGCAACACUAACCUUUCCCUCUCCUUUAAAAUCCUGAAAUAUAUGGGAGAAAAUGCGGUGUAAAAUAGAAAAUGCAAGACGAGAACCCUCGCUGUAAGCUAACUGUGCCAAUAUCGCUUCAGUUCUAGUCACUGAUUGAUAUUUUAGUUUUAAAUGAGGACGGCUUUUGAUUAAAAAUAAUAAAAAAAAAAAAAAAGAAAAAA